AUGUUUUCUCACGUCGGAUCUACAAAAAAUGAAAAACUUCAAAAGAUCGGAUCUGUUGAUUUCCAACCAAUGUUUAAGUUGAGUCGCCCAUUGAGAGUUUCAGCGUCACCAGUAGCGGUGAAUUCUAAACUAUGUGGUAUAUUUUGGCGAUACUUUUCUCAAACACGUUUGAGGCUAAGUGGUGCACCCAUUGAAACCGUGGACCUAGUAUACGAUGAGUUUGAAGCACACAAUCUGAACAAAUCACCACUUGUGUUUCUCCAUGGCUUGUUUGGUUCAAAGAGUAACAACAGAACCGUGGCCAAACAACUCAGUGAAAGGCUUGACCGCAACGUCUAUUGUCUCGACUUGAGAAACUUUGGAUCAAGUCCACACAUCAAAAGGUUGGAUUACCCGAGCCUUGCCGCCGACGUUGAAAAUUGGGUUGCUCAGCGUGAUUUCAAGCAAAAGCCAAUCUUCAUUGGUCAUUCAAUGGGAGCCAAAACCGCAAUGGCAGUAGCAUUACGCAAGCCAGAUGUUCCUAAAAUGAUUGUUAGUGUUGACAAUGCCCCCAUAACUUUUGGCAAUACUGACUCCAAGUUCAACAAGUAUAUAAAUCAAUUGCGUUUAAGUUUGGAAAAGUAUCAUUACACAAACAUUAAAGACGUUGAUGCUAAAUUGGCUGAAGUUGAGCCGAAUAAAGUUGUUCGACAAUUUGUAUUGAUGAAUAUGAAACGAGGUAAAAAGGAUGAACCAGUAACGUCUAAAAUACCAUUGGAUAUCAUUGGUGAUGCUAUUAGUAAAGGGUUUAUUGCUAGCUGGCCAUAUAGUCCUACUGAAGUAAGGUGGACAGGACCAGCACUUUUCAUUAGAGGUACUGAAUCUCACUAUAUCCCCGAUGAUGUGUUUCCUGAAAUAGCUCAAUUCUUUCCUAAUUUUGAAAUUAGAGAUAUCAAAAGUGGUCACUGGGUGAUUAGUGAAAAGCCGAAUGAGUUUAUGGAUGUUUUGUGUGAGUAUAUAGAGCGUAUAGAGGAUGAGUAA